CUAAACCGGCAACAGUUAAGUAACGUUACCAGAACACCUGCGGAGAAUGAUGAACGGGAUAGGCGCAGCGCGGAACACCCACUAAACGGCCGCCGUGUCUCGGGAGUGUUCUGUAUCCGUGAUGCAUCAUGAAGCGUUCCAAAUCUAGUCAAGUUAAUCAGAAUGACCUUAAUGAAAGUCCGCUGUCCCACGAUUGAUGGAAAAAAAGUCAUGAUUUGUGCAUCAUCACUCAAGGAACUGAUUUCUAAAGGGAAGAAGAAGUUAGCGAUACCCAUGGAGACGCUGUCACAGUUGUGGCUGAUGGAGAUGGCUAUGAAGUUGAUGACGAUGAUGUCUUGAAUGAGCUUGUGCGGAUGUCGAAGACGGAUUUCAAGUUUCUUCGUUCUGGAGAAGAAUGGCAAUCUACCCAGCCCAUGAUUACCUAUAAUAGUAGGUUACCCAUAAUAAUUGUAUUGAUAAGAGAAAAACGAAGCUGAGUGUACAGACAAUAAGUUGCUAAAGAUUAAAAAAUAUAUUCUUGAAAAUUUCUUUGCAUGGUCCCUGUGGUUUGUUUCUAAAAUCACAGCCCAGGAAUAUAUAAAUUCUAUAAUCCAGACAUCUUAGAAAUAUAAUGGAUGCUGUAUUUUUGUUUUGUGGCUGUAUGAAAUAAUUCAAACAUCACUGUGAAGAAUCAUUGUUUUUGUGAAUUAAGGUCAACGUGGAAUUUAUAUGCAAGCGAGUUUAAAAUGACCCAUCAACACACACAGUUACAUAUUUCAUUAACUUAAUCCAAUGAAUUCCUAAUAGAGUUUCUCCUAUAUCCUGACAGUUCAUACCCUUCUAAAGUUCCCAAGUAGCUCUUUUGUAUAGGCAUUGUUGACGGGACAAUAACCUGCCUUUCACUUGGCAUGAGUGCACAAACCUAGGUGGGCUGUUCAGCUUGCCAUGAAAAGGAUCAUCGGCCUGUUGUCAGUAACCUCAUGGUGUGUACAUUUCCUGAAUAUUUCUUGGGUCAUCUCCCUCUAAAUAUUAUCUAAUGGGUGGAACUGUUCAAUGAACUUUUUGGCACUUUUGAAUGCUUGAAUACAAUGGACUGGGUGGAUAGUUCUUGGUGUACUAUCCUUACUCACUCCAAGGGCACAGUUCCUCUGAACAGUUCGGAAAUGGCAGCAAGAAGAAACAGACGAGACGCGGUCACCGACGCCGAGAUUGCGGCCUACCAAGAGGCAAAUCAUCGUUUCGGAAAUGAUAAUGUGCGGAUAGCUGCCCACAUGGCGCAACGGGAGGUGUUGACGGAACACGCCCGCAACAUAUAUGCGGGUCCUGUACAGGGCGUGGCCAACCGCCUGCGAGUUGUCCGCCGGCACAUACAGCGAAGGCAAUUGGUGAAUGGGCAUUUGCCGGAGGACCCAAAUCGGCGGGACGACCGUUUUGCUUUCAAUCUAGAAGGCCUGGUUGAUCCGAGGGAACUGCAGGAUAACAUGAACAAUGCGGCUGAGAGAGAGGCGGCGGACCCCCUGGCAAAUGAGGGUGAGGCAAACAAUCCGGAAGAUGGUGGAGUUGCCCAAAACAAUCAAGCAGAAGGUGGUGAUGGAGCCGGAUUUGAAGACAAUGUCAAUGAGUUGAACCAACUUCCAAGGGGUGGACUCAGACAACUGCAGGUGCAAAACCAGGUGCUUUUGCAGAGGAUCCUGACGAGACUAGAGGCCAGGCAAGAUCAACAGGAUCACCUCACCAGGUUGCUCAUCAACCGCCUGGAACCAGCCGACCCCAACAAUGGGGCCAAUUAAUUGUAUUUGUCUAAUAAAUAUGGU